CUGGUCGAGAUAUGGAGAUCUCACGACGUCCUAACCUGGUUACGGCCGAGGGGUUCAACCAAUCAGCGAACAGCAAUCCCAUUUGUCAUAUUUGCACAUUACGAAGACUCGUGAAGCACGCAAGUCUCAAUUUGUACAACAAUCCACCACAUUCGACUUUCUAGACACGAUUCGUGAGAUCCCAGAGACGGUUCCAUCGUUAUGCCCUUGUACGACAUCGAAUACGUCAUCCCCAUGACGGACAGCCAACAAGAAGCUUUAGCAAAGGCAUUUACAGCAAUCCAUUGUACGCGGUUCCACACGCCAUCCUUCUUCAUCAACGUGCGCUUCACGGACGUAUCCUCGCAGAAGGUCUACAGAGGUGGAGUACUCCGCUACUACAACCGAGCCAUCCUACGGACUCGAGUUAGUGAGACCCGCACUCGUGAACAGUAUGGCGAGCACUGUCGAGAGCUCAUGAAAGCCUGGGAUGAGAUCCUGAGCUCUGAGAUCAUUGAUAGCAAGCACGAGAAGACUUUAAGGACAGUCUGGAUCAUGGGAGCAUUGACGACGGCGGUGGAAAUGGGUUUCCAGCGACCCGCAGCCGGCGAGGAGAUAGAGUGGCUGCAAAACAAUAAAGCAGAGUUCGAGAAGUUGGCCGCGGAAGGUGACGAGGAUAUGCAGCAGCUCAUGGUUGAACUGCAGACGCGCGACGAUUUUGCGGCGGUUCUCCGCUAGACCUAUAACAUAU